AUGAAAAUCACCCUCCCUGAAGAGUUGAUUCAAGUUAUUCUAUUGAGGUUGCCGCUGAGAAAUCUGUUGCACUUGAAACGUGUGUGUAAGUCAUGGCUUUCCCUCAUUUCCGAUCCUCAGUUCGCUAAAUCCCAUUUUGACUUAGCCGCUGAAUCCACCCACAAACUUCUUGUCAGGAUCAACAAUGAUCCCGGUUCGGACGUUAAUUUUGUCAACAUAGAGGAUGGUUCUGCGGAACCAGUCUAUAGCCUUCCAAAUCCAAAACCUAAUCAAAUUCAGAAACAUGAAUGCAUUCCCAGGGUAAAUGUUGUUGGUUCAUGCAGAGGAUUUCUACUCUUAACCACCGCAUCCUAUCCCUUCCUUUAUUUCCUCAUAUGGAAUCCAUCAACCGGUCUGCAGAAACGGUUCAAAAAAGUGUGGUUGAAGUUUUCAUAUGUAUGCGGCAUUGGAUAUGACUCAUCAACUGAUGACUACGUGGUUGUGAUGAUAACAUUGCCGAGAUCCCAAACCUCAUGCACUACAGAGGCCUAUUGUUUCUCCUCGAGGACCAAUUCAUGGAACUGCACUAUGAUCACCGUUCCAUCUACUACUAAUUACACAUUUGUGCAAGAUCAGUUUAAACAUGGAUUAUUCUUGAAUGGGGCUCUUCAUUGGUUGGCUUGCUCCGACUACAAUGACUGCAAAAUUAUUGCAUUUGAUUUGAUUGAAAAAAGCUUAUCUGAUAUUCCGCUGCCACCUGAAUUGGAAAGAAGCACCUAUUAUUUGAGGGCAAUGGGAGGAUGUCUGUGUCUCUGUGUUAAGGCUUUUGAGACCGCCCUGCCUACUGAAAUGUGGAUGAUGAACCAAUACAAAGUGCACUCAUCUUGGACUAAGACGUUUGUUUUUUCUUCCCAUGAAUUUCUCCCAAUAUGUUUCACAAAAAAUGGUGACAUUGUGGGACAAGACCGUACAGCUGUAAUGAGACUUGGAGACACCGGUACUGACGAAGGCGAGCUGCCUGAGCAUCGCACAUUUAAGCUGGGUGGUGGUGGGUGGGUAGAUUUCAGAUAUAGUUUACUAAACUAUGGCGUGCAUAGAGAGAGUUUGUUAUCACUUCCUUGUGACUUUGAGAAAUUAGAAAAGUAA